AAGCAUUUUAAUCCAAACCAUGGCAAGGAUCGGUGUAUAAUCCUCAAUUUUGAAACAAUUACAUUGUAAUGUUAUCAAUGCGCAUGCGUAACAAUUCCGUAACAACAAUAAAUGGACUAUGGACAUGUUGGGAACCCUGUGUGAUGUGAUGUAGCCACUUCCUGUUUUAAAUGUUUUAUUUCACAGCCCAAACGCCUUAUUAGCACUAAAUAAUAAUGUGCUCUUAUUAUGUGACAACAAUCUCAUUUUUCGGACAGGCAUGUUUUCCUGCAUUCAAACUCAGGAAAACAAAAGACUGACUGACUGUCCCACAUGAACGACGUCACUCAGUUUUGGGUCUGGUCGGUAGCGGGGUCAUGCAGCCACGCAAACAAAUUGGCUUCAUCAUGCCGACAAUAUUUUGGAAAAUAAUAAUUAUUCAUGUCAUCACCACAAUUGGCUUUUUUUGGUGUGUUGCUGAUAGCGAUGCGACUACUGAGAAGAAUCCAGAUAUACCAGCGAUCGCCAAAUAUUUCACCACGAAAGGACGCUAUGAGGAAGUGAACCCGUAUCUCAUAGACGACAUACUCGCUGUCAACAAAUCCAUGCUUAAGCCCCCGUCUGAAAACUGUAGAGAAAUCCAUCUAACUGCAAUAAUAAGACAUGGGACCAGAUACCCGACGACCAAAAACGUCAAGAAGAUGCAGACGCUGUACAAAGUGGUGAUGAACAAUGCGUCAGGCGAACAAAGCUGGCUGCAUGAGAUCAAGACUAACUGGACUAUGUGGUACUAUGAGAACAUGGACGGCCGACUCGUCCAGAAAGGUGUUCAAGAUCACAAGCAUCUGUCCAUCAGGCUGUCAAGACUGUUCCCCUCACUGAUUUCAGAGGAGAACCUUCAAUCUGAACGCAUUCAAUUCAUCACCAGCUCAAAGCACAGAUGUGUCAACAGCACACUGUCCUUCAAGGCAGGACUGACAGAGGAGUGGGACAUCAAAGAUAAGGAGUUUGACCAUGCUGUGAAUGAUGCUCUCAUGAGGUUUUUUGACAAGUGCACAAAGUUUGUGGAGGAAGUUGACAACAACCCAUCAGCCCUGUCAGAGGUUGAAAAGUUCAAGAAGAGACCAGAGAUGAACAGGGUCCAGCAGAAGAUUGCAGAUCGGCUCAAUGUCGUGUACAGUCUCAUCACAGACGAUAUGGCUGAGGCUGCAUUUUACUUGUGUGCUUACGAAUUUGCCAUCAAGACUGUGAACUCCCCCUGGUGUCAGCUCUUCGAUGAGGAGGACGCAAGGGUUAUGGAGUAUGCAAAUGACCUGAAGCAAUUCUGGAAAAGAGGGUAUGGUCAUGAUAUUAACAGCAAGUCGAGCUGCAUUCUCUUCCACGAUUUGUUCAGUCGCCUCGACAAAGCAGCCAACGAGAGCAAGUCUGGCCAGCAGGUGACUGAAGCCGUGACAGUCCAGAUUGGCCAUGCAGAGACCCUCCUUCCACUGCUAACCCUUCUGGGUUUCUUUAAGGACAACGAUACCCUGACAUCUACCAACUACAUCAAUCAGAGUGAACGAUCCUUCCGCACCAGCCUCAUGUUACCCUAUGCAGCUAACUUAGUCUUUGUGUUGUACGACUGUGGAGGAGGCGACCUGAGACUGCAGCCGCUGCUCAAUGAGAAGCCUGUGACUUUCCCCGGCUUGACUGACGAGCAGGCCUCCAUGCCGCGCUAUCAAGACAUCAGAGAGCGCUACAGAGUACUGCUCCAAGGCUGUGACUUUGAGACGGAGUGUCAGCUGUUCAAGCCGUCGGCUGAUAUUUAGGCAUCCAGGGUUAACUCUGAAGACAAAGGCAUUACAGAGGACUAAAUCUGUGUAGAGUGGAGAUUGUGCACCCUACAGGACUAGGAAUUAGUGGGAAUGCUUCUCCCAUGCAAACCAUGAAUACAUGACUUUUUGAACUGACUUUAGAUCUAAAUGGGUGAACAAAGUGUACACUAUUCGAUGAUGUGUGUUUAUGAAAGCUCACCUGUACCAUUACAAUAUUACAAAGUAUUCAUUACUGCGCAGAAAUGAAAGAAGUUGGGGUCUUUUUUGCAGUGCAUGAAUUUUAUGUGUUCUGUGGAUUAAUUUCAUUGAAGUUGUGUACCUCAACAACAUUUGGUUACCCUCGGUUUGAUUGAGCACAAAAUUGUGUUGUCAGUAUGUAUUACAAGAAGGGUAGUCGUGUUUAUUACUAUAAGUAAUUUUACUUUGCUCAUAAAAUAUAUUUGGCAGGGCUGUUCCUGGACUCUGAACAAAAAAAAAGAAUGAAAUUAAAGUUUAAUUUAUCUUCACUCAACUUCUGGCCUGUAUCAUGUCAUCAACUUUAUAUCGGUUGUCAAUAAGUACAUUUACAAGCACCCUAGUACCCGAUUCCCUGGUUUAAAUCAUAUUUGGGUUAU